UCCAAGGUGGAGAAAGAGGAGCGGGAGCGGGACGAGCGGGCGGAAGGCAGCCGGACCUGCCGGCGCCGCCCCGGCCCCUCCCCCCCUUGGGCCUCGUCGGCCGCCGUCCGCCCAUCCCUCAGGUGAACGCGUAUCCCUCCGCCGCGGCCGCCCCUCGGCCGGGCUCGCACCCGGCAGUCCCCGGAUGGAAACUGUGAUGGCGGCCGGCAGCGCCUCGCCGGACGGUGGCGGUACCCGAGAGCUUUUUCUAGUAUUUCUCCUGACUGUGGCCUUGUCUGAAUCUUGCAAUCUUACCUCUUCUGUGUGUGUGGAAAAUACGCAGGUGUUGAAGAAUUGAAGUCAAGUAUUAAUGCGAGAAUGAAAUGGGGAAGUUGUAGAGCUUUGAGAAUAACUUGGUGCAGUUGUCUCAUUUGCUGCCGGAAGUAAGACUAAACCUCAAGAAUUCAUGUAAAGAAAAGUAGAACCUAAAAUCAUGUCAUCUGAACAGGAACACUUUUUUUGUGACAAAAAGCAAAUCAGUUUCUUAAACCACAAUGCUAUGAAGAAUUUUUCUACAGACAUUACUUUGAAAAAAGAACUGGUGAGUGAUCCUUCAAGUAUGACAAUUCAACCAGCAAUUUUAGAUGUCAAUCUCACUUAUGGACUAAAAAACGUGAAGAUUGAAUUGCCCAAGGUGAACAUUCCAAAUGAAGUAUUAAUGAAACAUGAAGUUGAUAGGUUUAGAAAACUCUUUCAGUGUAAGCAGCGAACUGCUAGGAAAUCCUUAAGUCUUGAGAAAAUAAGUGGAAGCAAUCUCAGUUGUUCAGAAGAAAGCCACUUGCAAAUUAAACCAGAAGUGCAAUUUGAAGAAGGGUUGAAAACUGCAGCAAAGAUACUGAAUUUCACUUGUACGAAGUGCAAGGAUAACAUUAGAUACAGCCCGAAUGACCUACAGAAACAUUUUCAGCUGUUACACUAUGGUGAGCUGCCUCUGUAUCCUUGUGAGAUGUGCAACUUCUCAGCUAAUGACUUUCAGUCGUUUAAACAGCACAGACGCAUCCAUCGCAGCACUUUAGUAAAAUGUGAGCUCUGUAAUGAUGAACAGAUAUACACUCUGUUGGCUUUGACAAAACACUUCAUAUCAAAGCAUUGUGUGAAUGGACACUUUCAGUGUGAAAAAUGUGGGUUUUCUACCUAUGAUGUGGGUACGUUUGUUCAGCACAUUCACAAACAUAAGGAGAUUCCCUAUAAAUGUGGAAAAUGCCAUCAAGAAAACUUCACAGAGGAGGAGCUCCAAAAUCAUCUCCUUGUUCAUACCAGUAUGUUUUCUUUUGGUUGUCCUUAUUGCAGUUACAGCACAUCACGGAAAGAUUAUCUUUUAAAACACAUCAUAGCUUUACACAGAGACCACUUAAUUGCAAAAGAAAAACUGGAAAAGGAUAAAUAUGAAAAAAGAAUAGUAAAGACUCCAGCAGGACUGAAGCUUGUGUUAAGAAGGUAUAAAAUGGGAGCAUCAAAAAAGACACUCUGGAGACGGAAGAAGAUAAGCAGUGGAAGUGACAGUGCUGGAGAAGAAAAUACACAAGUUCUAAGAAGUGUGAAUAAAAUUCAGCCAAAUGCUGAGGAGCUGAACCAGUGUAUGAGAGAUGUGGAAACAAAUGAAGAGAAAGAUCAAGUUAAAUACACGGAAAGGCGUCAUUUCAUGGGUGGAAUGCUCUCUGCUACUACUGCACAAUACAAUAAGGCAGAUGAUGGGACAAAUUAUGGCCUGGGAUUAUUGAAAAGUGCUGUUCAUGGGCCAACAGUGUUGAUGGUUAAAAACAAUAAAAUAUCUGUACCAGCAAAUUACAGUGCUAAAUUUAUGGGCUUCAAAAUGGUAGAUGGAAAACAACAUAUUGUUAUAAAAUUACUACCUACAAGUAAGCAAAAUGAAUAUUUGUUGGGUCAGAAAGUUGAUCCUCUUAAAGAUGGUUCUGCAACUCCUUUGCUACAGACUGCUGAUCCCCGUGGCUUGUCUUCAGGUGCUAUACCACAUGUAACUGAUCAGUCGACUUUAAAAAACAAUUGUGUUCAUCCAUUAACCUCCGCUCCGUUUUCUUGUCCUGCUCCUCAUUCAGGAAAAACAAAAGUGGACAAACAACAUAACUCCAUAUUGUACCGUAGGAGUGUUUCUGAAACUGUAGCACCUUCUAAUAUAGCUGAAGGAAAAAGUCCAAAUUGUUUGCCAAUGAAGCUGGACUCGGCUGUACCUCCACAUGAAGAGGUAACAAAAGUUGGAACUCAAACUAGUAUCUCAUGGGGAAGCUUUUGUCCUUCGAGUCAUCCUCAGGUAUUAUCACCCGCUAUUACAAAUACCUUUCGUUAUGAGCCUAUGAAAAUGCCCUACUUUCCUGAACUGAAAAUGCGAAAUGGUGGCCUGAAUAAUAGCAAUGGAACUAAUAAUCUCUGCUAUUCAACCUCAGUGGAUUCAUCUAAUGAAAGGUUGUUGUCUUUUCACAACUAUUCCAAAAUGGACUCUUUGGAUAAUCCAUGUAGCAUUUGGACGUCAACAGAUGACAGGUACAGAGAAUUUAGCAAAAGAGGUUCUUUUCAAAACAGUGGAAAUGAACCUGCAUCUUCAUAUUCAGAAUCAAUUAAAGGUUUGAAAGCAGAGAAAGUUAUGUCAGCCCAAUCAAAUAUUAAUAAAACUUACAAAAACAUAAACACUAAGAAUAACUCUGUGUCUUUUAAAAGCCAGUCUAAAUGUGGUGUUGACAGCGAGUGUUUUACAGAGGACAAUCAUAAUGGCCGACAGUAUUUGGACACUAACAUAGAGGAAGGCUUUCAGAACGUAGCUGAGAAAUUCCAGGAAAAUGCCUCUGAUGGUGUUAACUCUUUCUUAAUGCCUAAAAUCACAUCUGUUUUCUCAUUACAAAGUGAACAGGCAGCUAAUUAUUUAUCGCCUGAGAUAAACCAGUUACUGCAAGAUGUGUUGAAAGUAAAAACAACUUCUCAGCAGGAGUUCCACAGGAAGACGAACUGUGUCAAACCUCGUUCUGAUAAGCUGCUUUCUGGUCCUGAGACCGGGAAUGCAGCCUGCGUGCAUUUAAAAAGCUCUGCAACUGCGUGUUGUUUUCAGAGGCCUCCUCCUAAUGUACACUUCCCUUUAUGUAAGAGAGAGUUCAACACAAGAUGUAGCACAAAUGAAGGUACAUGUUAUGGGAGAGAAAGACAGACACCCAAAACAUCUCUUGAUUCACAGGAUGUGGACAAAUUAUCCAGAACUCUGGGUGUUGGUACAUCGCUAAAAACUCCUACAGAUGAGUUUACACAGCAGUUAGUAAAAGAUAAAGUACUGUCUGCAGCUCAAAAUCCUAGCAGCUGUUCACCAGUUUUGCCUGUUCUUCAGGAACAAAAGAAAGCCCUUUUUGUUCAGUCCCUUCCAUCACGAUUUUUUGUUCCUUUCCACCUUUCUAACCAAUCUAGACAACAGGUCGUGUCAGGAAAAUCUCUUCCAUCAACCAGUUCAUCAGAUGGGCAUGUUACUAAAGAUGUACCUGCAUCUUGUGUUUCAAAUAAAGGACCUGGAAUGAUUUUGACUUUUAGUGGGGCAGUUGGAACAGUUGCAAAUGUUGCUAAUGAUAGUUCUCAGGUUUUAGGGAGAAUUGCAUCCAGAGAAUUUGGGAAAAUACCAGCUUCAGAAGUGAAGGGGGAAAAUGGCAGUUUUAGAAAUGCAAGAAGUUCCUGUAAUGGGGAAGUAUGUGGUACAGUAAAUGACUCAUUGAAUAGUAUGCUAUUCAAAGCACCUCUUGUAGUUACAAGCUCAUCAGAGUCGUCUGUGAAGGCAACUUCUUCUGUGAAGGUGUUACCAGAGCACCAGGAUGCUGUCUUUGGUUCUUUGGAGUCAGUAAAACAGCUGGAAAUUAAACAGGAACAACAUGUUUAUGCACUUUCGCCUGAUGGACAGCAGGGAGUUUUUCUGAAAUGUUUGACACCAAACAAGCCUGUAGUUCAUAAACCAAUUUUUUUUCAGGAUAACGCUCAUCAAAAUUGUCAACCAAAGAAAACUGGAGCCAUGCAACAACAGCCUUUGCUGAAAAUUAAGACUGCUACUUCAGAUACACUGUCUGAUAACACUCAGUCAGUAAGCAACUCGGUGCCCUCACUACAGGUGGAUAACUUGCAGUCCCUUACUCCUGCACUAGCACAGAAACAAACUAAUCUUAUUUUUAAUGAUGCCUUAAACUUACCGGGUGGGUUAAUGCCAGCAACUGCCUCUUUGGCAAGCUCUAAUCCAGCACGUCGUGUUCCUCUUGUAGAACCUGUUUAUUCUGCUAGAUCUGCAGGGACGCGGUUGCAAAAAUGUUCCAUGGAGAGUAUGCAAGUAAUAGCUGCUAACAAGAGGAAUAACUCUGGUUGUCACAAGUCCACGUGGAGCACUCAAAACAGAACUGCAAAAGUAAAACCUAGUUUGAAACAAGCUGGAUCUAAAAGUUCGGCAACUGUGGGUGGGCAGAGAAACAAGAAUUUCAAACGUAAAAGGAAGGCUAGUUGCCCAGAACCUCCUAGAAAGAAAGCAGUGUUGCACAGAAAGUGUAAAGAAAAGAAUCAAGCUGAAAUUGUUAGUGAAUCAGGUAGCCCUUACAGACCAAGGGCAUCAAAAAAAACUGUGAGGACUUUGAAAUUAAUCCCUUUUAAUUCUAACCAGCUUGUAAAAUGCCCUCGGAGAAAUCAACCAGUUGUUGUGCUUAAUCAUCCUGAUGCAGAUGUUCCAGAGGUUGUAAAUGUAAUGAAAACUAUUGCUAAAUUUAAGGGACAUGUUCUUAAGGUUUUAUUGUCAAAAAGAACCAUUGAAGCUCUUCUGCAGCCAGACUUCUGCAAUCCUUCGGAUGUAACUACUGAUAAUUUUUCUCAAAAAAGAUACAGGACAAUAAAACCCCUUAACCCUGUAAAAGAAAGAUUUGUCUUAAAAUUGACACUGAAAAAGACUAGCAAAAACAAUUACCAGAUUGUGAAAACUACCUCUAAUAAUACCUUGAAACCUAAGUUUAGCUGCUGGUUUUGUGGUAGAAUAUUUGACAAUCAGGAUAAUUGGGUAGGACAUGGACAGAGGCAUCUGAUGGAGGCUACUCGAGAUUGGAAUUCAUUAAUCAAACGAUGACCAGUGAAGAAUUAAAGUUAAAAAAAGCCCCAUUUGGAUUAGGAUACACAAGUUUUGUAUGUCAGUAUUGUAACUGAGGUUGGAAGAGGAAGCAAAGUGUUUGUGUUUUAAAAAGAAAGUGCAUUCCCUAUUGCCAUCAGAUUUGAGAAAGAUCAAACAACGUUAUGGUUUAAAUAACUUGUAACUAACUGCAAAUACAAUUCCAUAAAAAGAUUAUAUUAUUUUUAUUACUGCUAUCAUGUGCUAUAUUUUUAUUCUAUAGAAUGAGUCUUCAGGGCCUUUGUUCUGUACAUACUUAAAAUCCCUAAACAUGUAAAUAUUUUUAUACUUUUCAGUUACUUGGUAUAAUUCUUGCACAGAAAUUACACCCUUCCCCCCAGUUUUUCAGUUCUGUGCAUGCACUACUAAAACCAAUUUCUAAAAUACUUUCAAAUACACACAGCUGUUGUCCUGGGAUUUUUGUUAUUUUCACCUAUUAGCUCUUGAUUUUGUUUUUCAGGGAUUGAACACUAUUAUUAGCAAGUGCCUCAAAGAUGUGAAGCAGUUUACAUUAUGUUGACUGUGUAACCAUGGGUCCGUAUAGGGCCAUUCCCCCACAGUUUCAUUUAAACAAAGCCAUAUGUGAAUGCUUUAAGCUAUAUUGCUAUGCACAUGACACUUGUACUAUUUCUGUGCAGUUUGUCUACUUUCUUAGUGAAGUAUUUUUCAUAUAAAUUAAUAAAACAUAUUAUGAUUGUGUUAAUACGGUGAGUCAGAAUGAAAUCGAUUGAAAAUAUACAGUAUAUAUAUUCAUAAUGUAUAUGGUGUUUAAGAAUGGUGAACAUUCCUAAUCUGUAUUGAUUUUGUCACUAUUAAAUUUGCUAUAACUUGUGUUUACAGCAUAUGACUUUGAGCAUUUAUAGAAAAUGUUUCUGUCUUGCUAUGUCUGCCACAAACCCUAUAGGGAUGGUCAGGAUAUGGGGAGGUGCAGAGCACCAUUUUAGGCUUGUAAUUGCUUCAUAGCUUUAUUUCAAGUGAAUGCAAUUUGUCCCCAUAAUGACUUAAUGUUUUCUACUAUUGCUUACUCAGCUUUACUGCCUCUUGGGGCACCAGGGAUUUGGCAAAACCAAGGCUCGGGUUAUUCUUCCCUUAUUUUAUCAGCCAGAAGGGUAAUGUUCUUAGGGGCCUGCUUGCUUUCUACUUUCAGUUUUAGAGAUAAUGAAGAGAGAAACUAUGCAUUACAGUUUUUAGUCUUUAUAUGAGGGCAUGGAAGCAAAAGACCUCUUAACCAUAGUGACUGAGGCUAUACAGAUGAAGGUCUUUCUUAUCCACAGUAAUUAUGUCUCAAGGCUUUGUCCUCCAGAUGCUCAAUGAACCUCUGUAGGCUAGGAGUUUCAGUCUUACAUGGGAUUGCUUUUACCAUAUGGCUGGCACCUUUUGCCCAGUAUGAAGGUGUAAGCCAGCUUCCCAAAGUAUUGAUGGAAAAGCUGUCAAAAUUGAACAGUAGGCUUGGAGAGGACUGGGGCAUUUAAAUUGUGGGGUUUAGAUCGUAUGCAAGCCCAAGUAGUUUUCUCUUACUGGUUCCUUAAGGUGAAAAUGAAAAUUGCUUGCUACCAAUGAAACAGUAAGAAGUCAUGGAUGCCACAGGCAUGUCGCCACUAACCUGAGUCCAACUUAUGUUUUAAAAAGUGUUAAAAUUACUUAAAAACAAUUGCUUCAGUGAUUAGAAAAACUUUUCUUUCUUGAUACGUGUGUUGGCAGGAAGAUGCACACUAGCCUUGCAUCUGGUGAGUUAUGUAUGGAAGACAAUUGAAGCAGUCAAGGCAGCAUAGUUUGGGUGAAUUAAUACACAGUUGGUAUGUGUUGUGUAUCUAAACUGGAUCAUUUUGUGCUGCACAAUGGGCUUGAGCUCUGAUCUUAAUUUAGCUAGGAACUUUGAAGAAGACCAGUGUAGUGAGGAAGCAGAUUGGAAAGAAACAGCAUUAGGAAAGGACAAAAACAUGUUAAGCUUUUUUGACUACAAGGAUGUAUUGUCUGCCUCACCUUGCUCUUUUGUAAACUGUGAAAUUGAACCUGUGAAGUUUGGACAUUGCCUUUGCCUUAUUUGGAAAAAAUGUACAUGAAGCUUGUUUGUAAACCUACUUGGUGCAAUUUCAGCAAGGAUGACCAGUUUUUAUUAGCAAUUACUUAGCAUUGAGGUGGAAGUUCUGCUGUAGCGUUAGGGGGUUUUCUCUGUAUUGAUGAAUCAUGAGAGUGACAACUGUCACUGGAAUUUUUUUCUAACUCGUGUUUUCAUAUGAAUUCACCUUAAACGGUACUGUGAAAACAUUGUAAAGCUAGGAAAUACUGAAAUAAGGUUGCUUUAUAUGAUUUUAAUUAAUUGGCAUAUGUCAUUUUUUCCAUAGACAUCCAUCUCAUUCAGUGCAGAGAAUUUUUUCUUCCUCCUGGGUAGCAAUUCAGUAUUUUGUUUCCCCACCCUUAAUUAGGUCCUUGUAUUAUUUAGUGCAGGUUGCUCGAGUACUGUUCUAAAGAUAUAAUUUUAUUCUUAUGACCUUUUUCAUAGUGCAUUGUUUGAGGUCCUUAGAGUUUGGCAUUUCUGCAGAUCAGGUUUCAGAAAAUCUCAAGUGGGACUUCACUGAAAUUAAGAUCACAGUUAAUUACCAUCAGGAGAAAAUUUCAUUGAAGUGAUCUGACCUGUGUUGCAGUGGAUGGUGUGGUAGAAGAUGCAGGGAAAAUAUGUUUAGUUCUUCAGUUCACCUACUUUAACUGUAUGAAGCCACCUUUUUACUGGCUGACUUCUGCAACAUUGGUGCAUUUCUCAGCAUUUUCAGUAAAUGGGGAAAGGUAUCCUACAAAUAUCCUACAACCCACAGUUUUUCAUUAUACAGCUGCAAUUUAUCCCUGAAGUAUUGCAUGAACCGAGUGAAAACACAUAAAUCCAUGGGAAAAAUAUUCAAUGAUUGUCUAUUUAAUGCUUGUAUUGUAAUGGAUAUAGCAGAUGUGACAAGGUUGCACAGGUAACUUGAAGUGUCUUGAUUUUGAGUGCUUGACUAUGCAACCAUAACAUUUUAAAAUAGUUUGUAACAUAGCAAAUAGCAAGAUAAAUCCUAAAUUGAUGAUACUGUUUUGGGACAUACAAAGACAGGUGCAAGCACAUGCUCAUCAACCCUUUGUACGACCUUGAAGAGGCCUAAAAUCUAUCCUAUUAUGUGUUCUUGGCAAGAUGUGUGUUCAUCAGUAAGUCAUGGUGCUCUUCCUCAGUAAUUCCAGUGUUUUAACAAAAAUUUGUUACAGAGCUGUUGUUACGUGAGACGUUUUUUUCCUUAACAACGUUUCCUAAUAAUCUCUUUUUGCUGCUGGUGCUUUUGAUUGAAGGAAGAAUGCAGUUUUGUACCUUGUGUCUCUGAACACUUGGAUUUUUGAGAAUGCAAGUUCUUACUCCUCUCAUGGAGCAACAUUGUC